AAUAUUUUUAUUAGACAUAUUACCUAAAUGUAAACAGAAAUAAUCACUUUUUUAAAAUGUUAAUCGUUCAAUUUUACAUAAAGUAUUUUUUUAUUGUCAAUUGACUUGAAAACUUAAUAAACUAUUCAUAAUUAUGAAUAAUAAAUUAAAGUCCGAUAUAGUGUUUUAUAUAUGUUCUACACACUCGAGAACAAAGACUCGAGAAUCGAGACGUUUGGUGGUGAUUAAUAAUAAAUAUAAUUCAGUUUUUAAUUAAAUUAGUUUGUUUAAAAAUGGAGUGGUUAACAAAACAAUAUCGACGUAUAAAAAAAGUUCCCGAAACAAAUGAACAAACUGUGGAAAAUGAUGGAUUGGAAACGGAUAUCGAAUAUCGGGAACGUUGGAUGUCGAUACGUGUUAUUUAUUUUACAAUGUUUUUAAUGUCGUUAGCGUUUAGUAUUAUUUUAACAGGUGUUUGGCCCUACUUAGAUAAGCUAGAUAAAAGUGCUGGAAAACAAUUUAUGGGAUACAUUGUUGGAGCAAAUCCAUUAGGACAAAUGUUAUUUUCUCCAUUGUUUGGAUGGUGGAGUAAUCGUUUAGGUUCGAUUCGUUUACCGUUAUUAGUAUCGUUAGCAUUAUUUAUUAUCGCCAGUGGAAUAUAUUCAACACUAGAAAUGUUUGAAUCAUAUCGAAAGUAUUGGAUGUUAUAUGCGAGAUUUUUAGUUGGCGUUAGUUCUGCAAAUAUCGCAGUCUGUCGUUCAUAUUUAUCUGCUGCGACCCGCAACACUGAACGAACGUAUGCUGUAUCAAUAAUUUCCUUAGCCCAGGUGCUAGGUUUUAUAGUUGGACCUGGUUUACAAGCAGCUGUAGUGCCGUUGGGUGAUGAAGGUGUUGAUUUAAUACCAGGACAACUUAAGCUAAAUAUGUAUACAGCUGCGGGAUGGAUUAAUGUGAUUUUAGGCUUUGUAAAUUUCUGUUUAUAUUUACCAAUGUUCUUUAAAGAGCAUAAAAUUGCUGCACGCGAGGCUAUGUUAAAACAAGGUGCUGAAUCAGAAAAAGCAGCUUGGAAAGCACUGAAACCCGAUUAUUUUUCUGCUUGGACUCUAAUAAUAACUUUUUUUGUUUUGGUGUUUAAUUUUAUGCUUCUUGAAACAUUGGGAACAUUACUUACAAUGGAUCAAUUUGCUUGGACCAAAGCUGAAGCCUUAUAUUAUAUGGGUAUAAUGAUGUCAAUUGGGGCUGUUAUGGCAUGCUUUACAUUUGUAUUAAUCUCACCCUUAUGUAAACUAUUUCCCGAACGGAAAGUUAUGAUUUGGGGUGGAAUAUUUUUUAUGUGUUUAGGACGUUUAGUUCAUAUACCAUGGGGUGAUGGUCCGAUACAAAUUUAUGACGAUACUCUUAUUAUCGAUAAUAAUUCGACGACUCCAAUAAAUGGUACAGAGCUUUUAGGAUGUCCAGCUAGUCAAGAAUGGUGCGCUUAUACACCCAAACAAACAAUAUUCCAGUUUCUUCUUGGAUACUUUUUAACUACAAUGGGAUAUCCAAUUGGGGUUACGUUGGUACAAACGAUAUUCUCUAAAGUUUUGGGCCCACGUCCUCAAGGAGUGUGGAUGGGUUUAAUGACUGGAUCUGGAUGUUUUUCUCGUGUUAUGGGCCCAGUGUUCGUGAGUUAUAUUUAUACAAUGUAUGGAACAAUUUGGACGUUUGGAAUAACUUUAGCUAUGAUGAUUGGUUGUCAAAUCUGGUUGAUUAUAUUCGAAAGACGUUUGAUACCUGUAGAAGAUAGUGCUGAAAAGAGGCAAAAUUUUGAAAAGGGAACUGAAUUACAGGAAAUGAAUCAUUUACAUAACGCAUCGGUGGAAUUUCAUGAAGAAGAUGUUGAAACAUAGCAGUGAAGGAAUUAAGACACCAUCUUCAAAGUUCAACGUACACAGGGUUCAAAAAAACAUUUUGAAGUGACUUAGUGGUUUUAGAAUUCCUUGCCAAGUGUUGUAGCAUACACUAGUAAAGUAUAGGCCUUUUCAUCGAUUUACUUUUGUUUCGGACAGUUGCCAAAAAAUUAUUCAACCUAAGAAAGUUAAAUAUAUUUUAUCUUGUUCAA